UAGCCCACACUGUCACAUUCAGAGGAUGGAGGCGAGGUGAAAACACAUCUCAGUGCCUCAUGCCGCUACAUUUAAAGGAAUACAACUAAUUUCUCCUUUAAGAUCAGAUGGGAAGCUGGACCACAAACCGGCAUUAUGCACAUCUGUCCUUAAACAUGCGCUACACAUCGGAGAAACUUUAAAUGUCCGAUGCGCUAUCUUUUCCAGAAGGGACGAUAAAUCUUUCAAGAUCUGAAAUGGAGAUGUGAAGCAGCGUCUAUGAAUCACUUUUAUUAACUGAUCGACGAUUCAGAUUAAAGAAUAAACCACUUGCGGCUUUUCAUGCCUCGCUGCAAUAACGAUGAAGAUUCCUGCGCGUAAAGGAUCUAAGACCUCUAAUGGGACUUUAUUCCGUGUCAAACACUUUAAUUGAUCAGAUGAUGUGUAGAUCUCCUAUUACUCAAGACACGAGCGAGAAAAACGUGUUUCUUAUUAGUAUUUUCCCACGGUAUGGAGAGCUCGCCAUGCGCUCCUCUGGGAACGACUGCUGGUAACUUUUACGCAAUGGAUUCAGGAGGGAUUGCAACAAGUUUAAAGAGUCGUUUAUCUUCUGGAACAUGAUUAUAGUUUAUUCUAUGACUUUAUGGUAGCAAACAGUGUCGGGAUUUUGAAAGACUUUGGAUUUUGAAAAGGUUUUUUCGCGCAAACCGGAACAAAAUCCGUUGGCUCAUAUGGGAAUGAAACACUCAUCCCGUUGUUUGCUCCUCAGGAGAAAAAUGGCGGAUUCGGAGAACACUGAGGAGAUGCUAAAAGACGAAGUAAGAACGUUAACAUACAGGAACUCUAUGUACCAUAACAAACACAUCUUCAAGGACAAGAUUGUACUGGACGUGGGAAGUGGAACUGGCAUCCUCUCUAUGUUUGCUGCCAAAGCUGGAGCCAAGCACGUGUACGGGAUCGAAUGCUCAAGCAUAUCAGAAUACUCUGAGAAAAUCAUCAAGGCCAAUCAUCUGGAUAGUGUUAUAACCAUCUUUAAAGGAAAAGUGGAGGAGACAGAGCUUCCAGUAGAUCAGGUGGACAUCAUCAUCUCCGAGUGGAUGGGCUAUUGUCUAUUUUACGAAUCGAUGCUGAAUACUGUCAUCUAUGCCAGAGAUAAGUGGCUGAAACCUGGAGGUUUGAUGUUCCCAGACAGGGCUGCUCUUUAUGUGGUAGCCAUUGAAGACAGGCAGUACAAGGACUUUAAGAUUCACUGGUGGGAGAACGUUUAUGGCUUCGACAUGACCUGCAUCAGGAACGUAGCCAUGAAAGAGCCGCUAGUGGACACCGUGGACACGAAACAAGUCGUAUCCAACGCCUGCCUGAUCAAGGAAGUUGACAUCUACACAGUGAAGCCAGAAGACCUGUCAUUCACAUCCUCCUUCUGUCUGCAGAUCCAGAGAAAUGACUAUGUACACGCUCUGGUCACCUACUUCAACAUAGAGUUCACCAAGUGUCAUAAAAAGACUGGCUUCUCUACAGCACCAGACGCUCCGUUCACACACUGGAAACAAACAGUGUUUUAUCUGGAGGAGUAUCUGACUGUGAAAAGAGGAGAAGAGAUAGUGGGCAGUGUCACCAUGAAGCCAAACGAGAAAAAUGCACGUGAUCUUGACUUUUCCUUCGAGUUGGAUUUUAAAGGGCAGCUAUGUGAGGCCGCUAUCGCUCACGACUAUAAGAUGCGCUAAGUGUCCUGGAGUGGAUGAUACGGAGAUCCUGAUGCCACUUGAAAAAGCAGAGGCAAGGGCCACUACUGCUGGAGAAACAGAGAUCCAGACCGAAGCUAUUGUGUCUGGGAGACUUGCCGGCAUUUGGAAGCGCUGUGGCACUUCUAGCUAUAGCAGCUUUGACUUUGCCAACAAUAGCCUGCAUUAGUAUGCCAUCUUUACGACUGUUCAGGGGCCAACUUGUGUGCCCGUCUUAAACAAAUGAAUGUUAUUGUCCUAUGAAUGUUAAACGUUUGUUUAUGUUUUGUUGUGGUUUAGGGAUGGGAUGUUCAGGAUGAUAAAGUCUGUGCCUCUCUAUCAAUAAUAUUUCAGCUAAGCAUUAUUCAACAUUUCUGUGUUUGAGAACAACUCAGUUUGCAUAUUUAUAAUCCCUAUUAUUAGCCAAAGCAGUAUUGCACAAUAUAGUUACAAUGCAGUAAUGUAAGUCAUCUUGUAGGUUUAGGAUCAGGAAAAAUUUUAGCGGCAUCUAGUGGUUAGAUGGCGAAUUGCAAGCAACAGCUCACCCCCAAUUUCAAAACGCAUAUGUAAGGAGACCCACGGUGUGUAUGUAGAUAAAAGUGGCUAAUUUUAAUGUAAUAAAAACAAUAUAGUUCAUUAUGUAAGGUGUUUAUACACCACUGAUAAUAUAGUUAUGUAUAUUAUAUUGCAUUUCUGACAAGAGAUCCUUUUAAAAGUUAACCAAUGCAUCUUUAAUUGCAAUAUUUUGCAUAACACACCAACCAAGAUCUAUUUAAAUACGUUUAAUAUCAUAUAAUGGAAAGUAAAUAUUGUGCAAUGAAUUUUGCAAUAUUGCACUGAAAAAAAAAUCAUUAAAUUUACUCAAUUUUUAAAGUAAGUGGUUGCAAUCAAUUUAUUUAAGCUACAUUUAAACAAAAAAUUAGUAAAAUAAAAUUAAAAAACUUUUGUUUAAAUGUAGCUUAAAUAAAUUGAUUGCAACCACUUACCUUAAAAAAAUUGAGUAAAUUGAAUGAAUCAUUUUUUUCAGUGUGUAUCUCCAGAAUUAACAGUAUUUUUUGUUAUUUAAAAUGUGAGGUUUAUGUUCCAUUUUAUGCCAUUAUAUGGAGAAUAAUGAAAACAAUAUGAAAUAAACUAGCUUAAAAUUUAUUGAAUAUUAUAUAAAUAUUAAUAGGUGUACAAUAGCAUGCUAUAGUGAUGACGUUUUGGCUGUUUAUAGAACAUAAUAAUGCUGUAAAGACAGAUAAAAUACGAGAAUGAUGGAUAAUAAUAAAUAAAAUACAUCUAUGAUCAUCAAGAAUAAUGAAAGAUUUAUGAUGUUAAGAAAAAUUUGUGAUGUAAGAUGGUGGUUGUUUGAACUAAUAAAUCAGUUAUUUGUAGUGUCUAAUAAAGAUUUUGACAUCCAUUUGCCUGCAUUUUGAAUAAACUUCCACAAGGGG